UCCGCAGACCGGACCUCAGACUGACCGCAGACCCGGAACCGGUGCUCCGAACCCGCAUCAUCCUCCAGAGAACUCCGCCCAUUCCACAGGAUCCAUGAUGAAGCCCAGAGAGACUCAGUGUCAGAGGAACCUCGGUGACGGUUCUCGGUUCUUCACCAACAGUCGUGAGCGUUGGAGGCAGCUGAACGUGAACGGUGCGUUCGCUGACCUGAGGCGCCUCCUCCCCACACACCCCCCCGACAGGAGGCUCAGCAAGAACCAGAUCCUGCGCCUGGCGCUCAGGUACAUCUCCUUCCUGGACCGGCUGGUGGAGGAGCAGCAGGAGCAGGAGGAGGAGCAGGAGGUCAGGGCGGCGCCCAGGGGCCGGUCAGGGAGCCUGGAGGAGGAGGAGGAGGAGGAGGAGGAGGAGGAAGAAGAGUAGAGGAGGCACCUCCACCUGGACAUGAGGAGGAGCCAGGAACUCCUGUCACCGUGGCAACGGGAGCAUCAGCUGAUUCCAGCUCAGAGACUCAAUAGUGACGAAAUGUUUUGUCAUAAAAAAAUGUAAAUAUUAGUUAGUGUGAAGAUGAUGAAGAUGAUGAAGAUGAUGUUGACGUGAUAUUCACGUCUGAUGAAGAACCAGCAGACGUUCUGCCUCCAGCAGAAGAACCCGUGACCAGGUCCGGUUCCUUCAUGUUAAAGGAACCUCUGGUGUUUAAAUGUAAACGGAUCAAAUGUGAUUCAAUAAAAGUUCAAC